AUUAUACAUCAUUUUUUGGUUAUAUAGCAUUUUGAAGAAUCGAUUUAAAUUUGCAGUAAAUGAAAAACUACAAUCUAUUGUCUGGUAACACUAACUUACGCACGCAGUAGUCCUCGAAAUUCCCUUAAAACAACAAAUAAAUGGCGUCAUUAGCAACAACAAAUGACAACAAUCCUAAUGACUUGCCAACUUCAGCCACAACAACUCCUUUGCAUAAUUUGCCAAUAGAAUUGCAGAACGAUCAGAAGCGAAGAAGCUCAUCACGUUCCAUAAAACGUAAGCGUUUUGAUGAUGAAAUUGUGGAAUACAGUGUAAGCUUACAAUCUCGCAGUGAACAAACGCGUAGCACAAGACCACGAACAACUUCUCAAACAUAUAUACAACCAGUGCUCCCAACACCUCCAGUACCAAUUCUGCAGCCACCAACGCAAGUAGAUUUAGAUAAAACCAACUCAAGUGCCGUGGCAACAACUACAGCGGCGGCGGCAGCAGCACCUAUUUUGCAACAAGUUGUUGGUAGUGCAACUAGUUCCAUUGCGGUUGGACCCACACUUCAAAACUUAUUGGGUACGGAAAGUAAAACUACAAGUGGUUUUAUGGCAGCCGAAAGACGUCGACCGGCCAGGUCUCAGCAGAAAAAGUCCCGAAAGUCAGGGCGGCCACCUGCACAGGCCACUCUAAAGGAUUUGGGUCGUUGGAAGCCCAUUGAUGAUCUGGCAUUGAUUAUCGGCAUGUUGCAAACCAACGACUCACGAAUGGUUCAUCGUGGCACGAAAUUUUCUAGUAAAUUCACCUUGGCGGAAUUGCAGAGUAGAUGGUGGGCUCUCUUGUUUGAGCCCGCCCUGUCUAGAAUUGCUGUUACAGCUAUGCGCAAUUUACAUCCAGAAUUGGUUGAAUCGGUGCAGAGAAAGGCCUUGUUUAGCACAGCUGAGGAGGAGUUGUUGAGCACUAUCAAAUCGACUGACAACCCCAAAAUCGAACAAUUCCAAGAGUUAUUGGAUAAAAAUGCCUCCGUCUUCUAUAGCGCACGCACCGCGAAAUCUUUACAAAAUCACUGGCAAAUGAUGAAACAAUACCAACUGCUUUCCGAUCAAGUUGUCAAUAUCAGCGAUCAGCCCUUGACUUUUUCCGAUGCUGAAGAUCUUAUAAUGGAUUCCGAAUUGCAUGAGCAAAGAGAUGAGGCCUUGGAAAUUGAGUUGGCACUUGCCGAUCGACAAAAUAAACGUGAAAUACGUUUACUGGAAAAUGAACUGAGUCGCUGGAAUGUUUUGGUUGAUUCAAUGACUGGAGUUGGUAUUGCACCCGAGUUUGAUGGUCAAACAUUGGCGGUGUUAAGGGGACGUUUGGUACGUUAUCUAAUGCGUUCCAAGGAGAUAACAUUCGGGCGAGAUGCUAAAGAUUGUGUAGUCGAUGUGGAUUUGUCACUGGAAGGGCCGGCCACAAAAAUUUCCCGUAAACAGGGAACAAUAAAAUUGCGUAGCAAUGGCGACUUCUUUAUUGCCAACGAGGGCAAGCGACCGAUAUUUAUCGAUGGUGUACCAUUGUUGAGUGGUAAUAAAACUCGUCUGGCCAACAACUGUGUUGUGGAGAUGUCUGGUUUGAGAUUUGUUUUCUUGGUCAAUUAUGAGCUGAUCAAUGCGAUACGUCAUGAAAGCGCCAAAACGACUUCACCAUUAAACUAAAAAACAUAA